AAGAAUACUGUGUGGUAGAAAUGAUUGUUUUCCCAUUGUGAAAUAGGCUUUACGGCUAUUUUCAUGCAGAUGAUUGUGUCAAGUUACCUACCCUCUGAUGUCAUCGAUGUGCGACUUUACAAGUAGUUUUCGAACAGGGGAAGCUAACGUUCGUGAGAAAGGUAUGCCAAUGUGAUCAUGGCCAGCAGGCAGUGGUGUGAGGGUCACUCCACCCCAGUGCUGUGUGUGGGGGCCUCUGGGGMUCCGGAGGGUCUCCUAGCCUCUGGCUCAGAGGAGGGUGAGGUAACAGUGUGGAACCAGGAGGGAAAGGUGUUAGCUAGUCUCCGUCUGCCCAGCGGGGAUGAUGUGACCASCGCUGUGUUCUCACCGGCGGCUCCAGGCCUGUUGUAUGUGUCCCACGGGGAGAUGGUGAGCGUACUGGACCCUAGGAGCCUGAAGGGGGCGGUAGAGGAGCUGCAGGGUGCGGGAGAGGAGGAGAUCAACUCUCUGGCUCUGAAUGAGACAGGCUCAGCUCUGGCCGUGGCUGAUGACUCAGGGGUGGUGAGGGUGCUAGAGCUGCCGGGGGGCAAAGUAAACAGGACGCUCCGCAGACACACCAACAUCGUCUCKUCUGUGGCUUUCCGCCCUCUCAGGCCCAACAACUUGGUCUCAGCCGGGCUCGACAUGCAGGUGAUGUUGUGGAGCCUACAGAAGACCCGCCCCGUCUGGACCCUCAACCUGCAGGAAGUGGCUGAGGAAGAGGAGGGCCAUCAGCAGAAGGCCGGUCAGCUCUUCAACCCACCUCUGGCCCACUGCGUCUCUGUAGCAACCUGCGGGAAUGUUUUGGCCUGCGCCGCCGAGGACGGACGUGUGCACCUGAUGCGGGUCGGCAGUGGCUCCAAACUGGACCAGCAGGGGGCCAUCAAGGCCCACAGCCAGGGAGCCUCACAGGCCCACUUCCUUAGCUUCUUACCCCACCCAUACUGGCUGGCAACUGGGGGCAACGACGGCAUGGUGGCCCUCUGGGACCUAAGUCAGAACCCGGUAGUUACUGUUGAGGAUCAGGGCAAGCCACAAGCAGCACCAGCCCACCGCAGGAGAUCCAAGGCCAGGGCUAAAGCCAAACUCCAGGCCAAGUCCCAGCAGGCAAAAGAGGAGACUAAGAAGGAGAGGGAGGAGGAAGAGGUGGAGGAGGGCAGCAGAGUGGAUCAGUCACCAGGCACGGAGGAGGCCCUGAAGUCAGGACCUAAACUCAGCUUCAGCCAUGGGGACAAGGUGAACUGGGUGUGUCCCACUCUGCUGAGAGGAGAGCCCAGCCUUGUGGUGGCUGACCAGAGCCCUAACCUGUCUGUCUACUCUCUGGCUGGUCUAUAGACGUAACCUGUCUGUCUACUCUCUGGCUGGUCUAUAGACCUAACCUGUCUGUCUACUCUUUGGCUGGUCUAUAGACCUAACCU